AUGUCAGGACAGCAGACCGGGACCCUGAAGGCACCUGAGGGUGAACCCUCUCCAGUAUCACCAGCAACAGCAGUCGACCCCAACGCCUUCUCUGACGACGAAAACGGAGCCGCAUCCCCCAGAUACGGCCACUCUCAACAACCCUCAAGAGGAGGAUCACGAUCUGUUCGUGCACGCAGCGCUCGCAUCGCACCCGGAAGAGAGUCCGUUGAAGACCCUCUGCCCACGGGAGUGUCCACCAAGUCAACCCGUCCUCUUCGUGAAGGCAACCGCUUCAACGGUAACGCAGACUACGACGACGACUCCGACACGGACAGGUACUGGGGCAACAACAACAACCAUCCGGACUACAGCGGCGGCCGCGCACCUCGCUCAAGGCCUCCUCGUGCUCACUUGAACCGCCCCCAGCCCUACUUCAACUACGAUCCCAACACGGAUACCAAGGACUAUUACGAGGAGACUCGCUCCUACGAGCCCGGUGACUACACCGGAAGACCUCCCUCUCGUAGGAUGUACGACGAAGAGAUGGCGGCUUAUCCUCGCAGUGUCCCGGUGCGAAGCACCAACGGGGACACGGCCCGCAUUGACUGGCACAACCUCACCCGCGAGGAGAAGGCCCAGGUCAUGCGUCUGCCUCUCACUCAGUGGAUGAACUCUGAUGUCAAGAACCACUUCGUGGCGAGUUUGGGCGAGCUCGUUGGAACGACCAUGUUUCUCUUCUUCGCCUUCGCCGGUACAGAGGUCGCCAACAUCAAGUCUGCUGCGAACAGCUCCAACUCUCCAUCAGACAGCAACACCACCACUGGUGCUUCGACCGGCUUCAACAGUGGAACACUCCUCUACAUCUCUAUCAUCUUCGGCUUCUCUCUCAUGGUCAACGUCUGGAUCUUCUUCCGCAUCAGCGGUGGACUGUUCAACCCGGCUGUUACUCUUGGACUUUGGCUCGUCAAGGGAAUUCCCGCAUCUCGUGCUGCUUGCUUGUUCGUGGCCCAGAUUCUGGGUGGCAUGCUUGCAUCGGUAAUUGUGCGAUUCCUCUUCCCGGAGAACUUCAACGUCCGCACUACCCUCGGCGGCGGCGCCUCUCUUGUUCAGGGUGUCUUCAUCGAAGCCAUCCUAACCGCUGAGUUGGUCUUCACAAUUUUCAUGUUGGCCAAGGAGAAGCACAGGGCCACCUUCAUUGCCCCGGUUGGUAUCGGCCUGACACUCUUCAUCGCUGAAUUGGUUGGAGUCCAAUUUACUGGCGGCUCCCUCAACCCUGCACGAAGCUUUGGCCCUUGCGUCAUUACCGCAACCUUCGACUCAGAGCACUGGAUCUACUGGGUUGGACCUUUCCUUGGUGCACUCAUCGCUGUCGUUUUCUACAAGUUCAUCAAGACCUUGGAGUACGAGAUGGCCAACCCGGGUGCCGACGGCGACCCGGAGAAUGACCCGACCCAGAACCCGGCGAAAUUGGCUGAGCUGCGCAUGUCGCGCACCAAGUCUGCCAAGCAAUGA